AACUCUCUUUCAAUGGGCCCAUGUUGAUAUCUAUAUUUAUGCUAUCCAGAAAUCAAAAAUCAAACUUCAUCUCCAUAUGCUUCUAAUCUGAGAAUUUGACACCAUUGAUGAGCAUUUCCAGCGAUUAAGUUCGAGGUUUCAAAUGGGUAAGAUCAGAAUCUACAUUUAACUCUUCAAUUUCUCUGGGUUUUUCUUUAUAUUCAAAUCCCAGUUCCUAUUUUGUUUUUCAUUUUGAUUGGUUGAUUGGAUCUAUGGGUAUGGGAAGUUCAUGCUUUCCAAAGUGUAGAUUAGGUAAAGUAAUGGCUUGGAUUCAAAUCGUCUUAGGAAUUCUUGUCAUAGUUAUGAGUUGUUUAAGUCUAUUUGGAUUCUAUUAUGCCGGUUUCUUCUUCUUCAAUCAUGAAGAUACUUGUCGUAACUUCUAUGGAGGUGAUGUUCAUAAUAAGCAUGUAGAAUCAUCAUCAUCAUCACAACAACAGGAUAAUAUUGAUGUAAGAGCCUUAUCUGCAAGAAUCAAUGAAGUUCUUGAUCAACUCGAAAACCUACAAACUAAACUCGAAUCAACCGUCCAAAACCUUGAAAAGAAGAAAGACAGUUCAAAUAAAGAGCAAAUCAAGUUUCUAGAGGACGUGAUCAUUCGUCCACUCUACACUGCUCACGUUUCUUUACGACAGAUUCGUUUGCCUCGACUAGAAUCUAUAGGAAACGAAACUGUUAAAGAGGAGCCUUUGAUUAAUUCGUUCGUGGUUGAGGAAAUUCGAAAGUACAUAACCCCGAAAACAAAUAGGCAUGGGAGGACGAAUAUCUAUGGGGCUGAUGGUGUUUAUAAUACGAUUGGCCAUGCUUGUGUACUCAUGAAGAAGGAAUUGGAACAAUAUAUGGAUUAUGAUAUUGGAUCGUAUUGUAAGGAUGAUUGGAAUGUUGCGCAGAAACUCAUGAUCAACGGCUGUGAUCCAUUGCCAAGACGGAGGUGUUUAACGCGAGCAUCAAAGCUCUACACGAGUCCUUAUCCGAUAAACGAGUCUCUUUGGAGAUUACCCAAAAAUGGAAAUGUAAGAUGGAACAAUUACGCAUGUAGGAAUUUUGAUUGCUUAUCGAGUAAGAAUCCUAAACGAGGCUAUUCUAAGUGUGUAGGAUGUUUCGAGAUGGAAAAGGAACAAUUGAGAUGGGUGGUGAACACGACACUAGCUGUUGAUUUCUUGAUAAAUGAUGUAUUGAGGAUUAAACCGGGGGAGAUAAGGAUUGGUAUAGCUUAUGGGAUUGGAACAGGUUCAUUUGCAGCUCGAAUGAGAGAACAAAAUGUUACUAUCAUCACAACCGCGCUUAAUCUUGGUGCUCCGUUUAAUGAAAUGAUCGCGCUUAGAGGUUUGAUUCCGCUUUACAUGACGUUGAAUCAACGGUUGCCUUUCUUUGACAACACGAUGGAUUUGAUCCACACGGGUGGAUUUAUGGACGGGUGGAUGGAUUUGGUGUUGAUGGAUUUUAUAUUGUUCGAUUGGGAUCGAGUUUUGAGACCGGGUGGUUUUUUGUGGAUUGAUAAGUUCUUUUGUAAGAGGAAGGAUUUGGAUGAUUAUAUGUAUAUGUUUUUGCAGUUUAGGUAUAGGAAACAUAAAUGGGUUGUUGCUCCUAAAUCUAAAGAUGAAGUUUAUCUUUCAGCAUUGUUGGAGAAACCUCCUAGAUCAUUGUGACAACAACUAUCUUUUGUUCAAUUUUUAUUUUUGUGUAUCUUCUUGUUUUCUAAUAGAUU